CUGAAGCGAGAGAAGCUGGAGCCGUAAGACGGAAUUGGAUAGUUACGGAAAGACGCUGUAUUUGUUGUUAUUGAGCUUUUUCCCCCCCGCGCCAGGAAUAAAAGUGGACAGAUAUUAGACUAACAGUACUUUAUCUCCAAGAUCCUUCUUUAAGGAGCCAUGGAUUAUGCUACUCGUCAAACUUUUUUAAAAUUGGGCUUUUUCAUCUUCACAGUUGUCAGGAGCAGUUGUGCUCUGUUGGAAAGAGCAGUAGAAGAUCCAGCACAUCCAAAUCCUCUCGACUCCACUCCAGAACUUUCCUUCUGUGAUUUUGAAUCUCCAUGUUCUUGGACGUUAUCCAAUCACAGUGCUGGAGGGGACUGGUAUGUCACAUCACCACAGCAACACAGAUCCAAUAGACGGGGUGUCCAACCAAUCAAAGAUUAUUCCACUGGAAAAUCUGAAGGUCAUUUUUUGUUACUAAAGCCCACCUUAACUCAUUUCGCUGCUGGCAGAUGUAGUUUCCACAUGACCAGUCCUGUAGUGCUCAGCAGUGGGCCACUUUAUCGUCUUCGUCUCGCUCGUUUCCAACCGGAACCACAUACAGGAAACAUAUCCGCCUUUGUGAAACACACUGACCACUCCGUCAUCAAACCUAUAGCCCUUACAGUCAAAGAACAAGGAACUGGCAGGCCACAGUGGGAGGUGCUGGAGGCUGUGAUUGGCCAGUUAGACGAGCCUUUCCAGGUGACAGUGCAGUACUCUUCCUGUAGCAGCCAUGAAGUCGGAUUUCUGGCAUUUGAUUCGCUGGAGCUGAAGGAUUGUGUCAUGGGUGAUGAUAAUUUGGAUUUAGGUUCAGACUGUGAGAAAGACUCAUCACUUCACUGUCAUUCUGGAGGCUGCAUUGAGAAGCGAAGAGUGUGUGAUUUUCAUACUGACUGCCCACAAGGGGAAGAUGAGGGCUUAAUAUGCAACACCUUACCUUUGGGCUCAUACUGUUCAUUUGAGUUGGGAUCCUGUGGAUGGUCAGUGACUGAUUCACAGUCCUCCUGGAGACUAGUUAGUGGACAACAGCUGACUGAAGACACAGAUCUACUGGGCAAAACUCUGCAAAACACUCAAGGGCACUUUCUUUUCUUAAAGGCCAGAGGUCGCAGGGAUGAAAGUGAGGCAUUGGUUCAAAGCCCAGCUCUCCCUUCAACUAUAUCCAGUCAGGACUGUCAGUUGCAGUUCUCUCUGUACCUGUAUGGGGACUUCAAUGGAACGGUGCUCCUGUCAGUGGUGGAGAAUGGAAUGUCAGCGUCUCCACUGAUUUGGGAGAGAUCCGGACACUGGAAUGACGCCUGGCAAGAGAUCACUUUGCCGAUUACAGAGAUCUUAAAAGGCUUCCAUCUUAAAGUGCAGGCCUUCUGGACUUCUGGAUCUAAGGCGGACAUUGCACUGGAUGACAUUUCAUUAAGUGCAGCAUGUUUUGACACAGAACUAAAUGAACUGCUUCUUGGACAAGGACUACCACAUGAUUUAGACUCCUUCAGUCCUCUCCCAGAACCCUCAGCGUCAGAGGCGUUCCAAAUAACAUGGUGGUUUACUUCCUGUGGAGCAAGCGGACCUCUAGGUCCGACUCAAGCCCAGUGUGACAGUGCCUACCGCAACAGCAAUGUCAGUGUGGUGGUGGGGAAGGAGGGCCCUCUCAAGGGGGUUCAGAUGUGGAGGGUUCCAGCUACCAACAUAUACAAGUGUGGAGGAGGUGGAUGGAGCGACCUGUCUUCUCUCCCCUGGGCAGGGAAAUCUCUUGUCGAAGGAGGUCAAGGAGGCUCAUCCUGUCCUGAGGCUCUGUCAGUGCUGGGAUGGGCUACAUUUGGAGGGUUUGGGGGAGGAGGGGGCGCUUGCACCGCUGGAGGCGGUGGUGGAGGAUACAGAGGUGGUGAUGCGCCCCUUCUUGAUGGCAUCACAGCAGAUGGACAAGAUGGUGUCUCUUUUGUUCACCCCAUGGGAAAGAUAUUUCUACAACCACUUGCAGCUAUGGAGAGUCAUGGGGAAGCUGAGAUCCAGGUGUAUCUAAAUUGCAGCCACUGUCAGACCCAGAGCUGUAAGAGAGAUGAAGAUACCAGACUCAUCCUCUGCCUGUGCGACAGUGAUGAGGUUCUUGCACCAGACAACGUCACCUGCCUAGUUGUUCCAUUGGGCUCCCUGGCAGACAGACCCCCAUCCCUGAUAUUUAUCCUGGUGGUGAUCGCGUCCACAGUAGUUACGGGUGUUGUUCUGACCUGUGCCAGCCUCACACUCAUCUAUUACCGUAAGAAGAACCACCUGCAUGCGGUCAGGAUUCGACUACAGAGCCCAGAGUACAAGCUUAGCAAAAUCCGCUCGUCAACCAUAAUGACUGACUACAACCCCAACUACUGCUUUGCUGGCAAAGCGGCUUCACUGAGUGAGCUUAAGGAGGUUCCACGUAAGAACAUCACCCUCCUCAGGGCGUUGGGACACGGUGCCUUUGGGGAAGUGUAUGAGGGACAGGUUUUGGGUAUGAAUGGAGAAAACACAGCCAUGCAGGUUGCUAUAAAGACUCUUCCAGAAAUCUGUUCUGAGCAGGAUGAGAUGGAUUUCCUAAUGGAGGCUCUGAUUAUGAGUAAGUUCAGCCAUCAGAACAUUGUGCGCUGUAUUGGCGUCAGUCUGCAGAUCCUGCCUCGCUUCAUACUGCUGGAGCUCAUGACAGGAGGAGACAUGAAGACUUUCCUGAGACUAAACCGGCCCAGAACUAAUCAUCCGUCUUCUCUAAGUAUGCUGGAGCUUCUGCAUAUGGCCAGAGACAUUGCACUUGGUUGUCGCUAUCUAGAAGAGAACCACUUCAUCCACAGGGACAUUGCAGCACGAAACUGCCUUUUGACUUGUCCUGGUCCAGAGAGAGUGGCUAAAAUUGGAGAUUUUGGGAUGGCUCGAGACAUUUAUAGGGCGAGUUACUAUAGGAAGGGUGGCCGUGCAAUGUUACCGGUGAAGUGGAUGCCACCUGAAGCCUUUCUAGAGGGCAUUUUUACAUGCAAGACUGACACCUGGUCUUUUGGGGUACUGCUGUGGGAGAUUUUCUCUCUUGGAUACAUGCCUUAUCCCUGCAAGACCAAUCAGGAGGUAUUGGAGUUUGUAACAGGUGGAGGUCGUAUGGAUCCGCCUAAGAGCUGCCCAGGCCCUGUUUAUCGGAUCAUGACACAGUGUUGGCAACACUGUCCAGAACACCGACCAAACUUCUCUACUCUUUUAGAGAGGAUCAACUACUGUACACAGGACCCUGAUGUCAUCAACACCCCUCUUCCAGUGGAGUACGGUCCAGCUGUCGAAGAAGAAGGUGGCACUGUGAUCCGUCCUGAAGGAUCAGGCAGUAUGACCCCUCUUCUAGUGGCCCACUCUGUGUCCCAGGAUGCUUCCCCUCGAAUGGGCAUCACUGGUUCAGCCCCACAAGCCCUCAAACCUACAAAGCUACAAAGAUCGGUCCAUCUCACACAGGAGGUGGGCACGUACCGAGAAACAUUAGAGCCGUGUUGGGCUGAGCCAGUUCCUUCAGUUUGUCCAGGACAAUGGCUUCAAGUCCCAGAUCACCGGCCGUGCUCCAGGAGCAGUUCGUCAUCAGGCAGCCAGAAAUUAAAGAACAAGACUAAAAACCUUUGGAACCCCACCUACGGUUCCUGGAUCCUGGAGAGCUACGGAAGGGGGAAGACGGCCUUAUGUCACACCCAGUCCAUGCCACUGUCUUGCAACCCCACGUCCAUAUCUGUCCCAUCCUCUACCUCGGAGCGCAUUGACCCUGGAAUAGAAGUUAAAACAAAUGUCUCGACAUCCCCACCUUUGUCUGCAGCAUCCUCCCAGACCACGUUUAGUCCUACAGGGUCUCCCUCUCGGAAGGGUCCAACAGGGGCUACGGGCGGCUCGCUCGCUGCGGUUAUGGACUUGGCGAAACUCCAAAGCUUCCCGUGUGGCAACGUAAACUAUGCAUACGAUGAGCAGAGAUACGAGACUGAGAGUUUGCCUGUAGUUGUGUCCAAAUCUGUGGAGCCCAGCAGCAGCUCUUCAGCUACGUCUUCACUUGCUGCCCUCGGCCUGGCCACAACAUUUACCCACAAACCACUGGUGAAACGCCAUGCUAGCUACGGACAUGAGGAUGUAAGGAGGCACACCCAGUCUGAGAAGCCCAUGAGGGACAGGGAUUCUGGCUUUUCCUUGUCUGAAGACCUCAGUGUCACCCCUGUGUAGCAUUGAAGAAUAGUCCGACUGAGAAAACACCAAAUUUUUUGGUGUUAUUUUGUUUUUGGCGCAAAGGUAUUUUACUGCAAUAACUGCAGUGGAUUAGCUAGAGGCGGAAUGGCAGGUUAAGGCUGGAAUACACUUCACAACUUUUAAAAUCUGUAUAAUUUUAAAACACUAGGCAUCAUACAGUACACUUGCUGAAACUAAGCACCACACACUAAAUGACUAAGAUGCGGUCACUUUUUUUUGCAGGCUAAAAAGGUUGAUUGUCAAUAGUGUA